AUGAAGACCCAACCUCCAGUUGUGGAGGUAGUGCCUGAGGUUCUCGAAUAUAAAUUAGAAUACAUGCCAGAUCUACGGUGUGAGAAGCAAACUGACUUGGUGCCUGUUUGCCAGAAAUGCAAAUCCUGCAUCUUGUCCUGGAAGGCCGCCUCUACCCGAGAAUGGUUUGUACGAGCCAGCCAUGCGUCUCAGACACAAUUCUUGGUAGGGAUCAUCAAGCGGUUCCAAAGCCAGGACCUCUUGAACUACACAUGGAACCUUUUACAGUCUACAAAUACCAAGGAUUUCACCUAUUCCCGUUCCUGUGUCAGACCCAUCUCUGCAGCCUCUUCCAGCUUGGAUCGGGCGUUAGAUCAGCAAAAAUUAAAGCAGUCAAUGGAGGACCUCUGGAAGUGGUUCCUCCAUGCCAGUUUCUGGACCAAAGCAAAUUAUAUGCUGCUUUUGCUGCAAAUGUGUGACUCGCAACUGUUGCUGAUGGCUGCUAAUCUGAUUCGUAUGUUGUUAAGCCAAGAUGAGACAUUCAUCUUCAAAACAGAGGAAUCAGACCAAACCAAUGAAGAAUUUUUGACUCUUUCAAAAGCACAAGAGAAAUCUACCCCCCAGGAUGAGGGUCAUCUUUCAUCAGGAGUGGAAGUUUCAUCAUCUCAUCUACAUUUGCAAAAGGCUUGGUCCAAAGACUCUGAUGAGCUCUCUGGAGACAUAUCUGAGGACAUGGGUGAUGAUGACACUUGCUUUUCGGUUGUAUUGAAUGUCACAAGCCCUAUGCCUACCUCUUCUCAGAGGAUCCCAAGUCAUGCAGAGUUCAAAGAUUUUAUUCGCUGCCUGCCCAUCCACCUAUCAAAGCGCAUCUUGUGUAUGCUGGAUCAUAAAUCCCUAUACAGAUGUUCCUUUGUGAGUCUACACUGGAACUUUCUAGUCAACCAAAUCAAGAAGGAUACCAUAACUAAUCGUGCCCUUCGAAGUCGGACUGCAGUCUUUCAGGGCUUAUGUCCUAAGAGAGCAAUUGGCAACUAUGCCAAAAUAGUCACAGUUGCUAUUCCUCGGAUCGAUCAAAAUGGUGACAUUUUCCCAAUCAGAGGCAAGACCAAGUUGUACACAAAGGAAUUUCAGCACUUGCAGAAAGCCUAUCAUGGUCAAGAGACAGAAAGUAUAACAUUAGAAGAAAGGAAUGUCUUCUGCAGCAGCUAUAACAUCCGUCUUCUAGUAGACAGUUUGGAUCCAAACAGAGUGGUUCAUUAUACUGGUGGCAAAUUGUUAGCCUUUGGUUCUUCAGAUCGAAAAAUCCGUUUUCUGAAUGUGACUAACUUGAAGUCUGUCCCACCUCUUCUUUAUGGACAUGCUGGUAGCAUCCGGGCUCUCUACAUCAAUGAACAGAAAGGGUUCCUUCUGAGUGGCAGCUAUGAUCUCAGCAUCCGAAUGUGGAAUAUCCUCCUUGGAACAUGUGUGAAAAUUUUUAAUGGACACUCAGGGAGCAUCACUUGCUUGGAUGUCUACAAGAACAGAUUUCUGUCCGGAUCUAGAGACUGCACAGCAAAAAUGUGGGAUAUUGACACUGGGAAAUGUAUCAAGACUUUUGGGCAUAAAGGUAUUGUUUGGGCUGCUAAAAUGAAUGAGACUCAUGUUGUGAGUUCCUGUAACCAGGGUGUGGUAAAAGUGUGGCAUGCUGAGACAUUUAUACUGAUCAAGACAUUAGAAGGCCACCGAAGUCCUGUGAAAUGCUUGUCAUUUGAUGAAUGGCACCUUGUAUCGGGGAGCAGUGAUGGCUAUGUCUUGGGAUGGAGCAUGUUGGGAAAACACAAUAGAUGCCUGAUGGCAUGCAGGCACCCCAUGGAAGUGCUAUACCUGGGAUUUCUUUAUUUGAGAGUCAUCAGCGGCUGUGCUGAUGGGAAGAUACGCAUCUUUAAUUUCCUGAGUGGGACCUGUUUAAGGAUUAUGAGAGCCAAUAGCAGAGGUGACCCUGUGUUGUCCAUCUGUAUUGGAGAAAACAAAUUACUGAUCAAUGCAAAAGGCAGUGUUGUCUUGUUCCAGUUUGAGGAGGUGGAGUGGGACCACACACAAACUACUGAUCGAGUAAUGAAAAGAAAAGACAAGGGCAAAGUUGAAGAUGUAUCACUUCGAAGUAAGCCACCCCUGCAUUCACGUUCUGAGAGGCAAAAACAAGCAAAGAAGAACAUUUGGAAGCUGUACAGCACAGAAAAGGAUGCCGCAAUGCUUUCUCAAAAGCCCACAAAACGUCCCAGCACCACUCCAGCUCUUCAAUAUGAAAUGAUGAAGACACCUCCUCCUAGAGAAAGGGGAGGUACACUAGCCUUGAGUGUCAGUUCAACAGAGAAACAAAAGAUCUCUUUCCUUGCUAGGACAUUACAGUGUCCAGAAUCUACAUCACCUCGAAAAGGUUCUCGGGCUGGUCCAAUAAGGAAGGAGCAUCCUGCCGGUGCCACCUUUGGCUAUAAUGCUGAGGCGUUCAUCAACUAUGUGAAACGGAAACGUCCUCUUGGGCCCAUAACUAAUGACCAGUUACUCCUCACCAUCAGCACACUGCAUCAUGCCUACAAGACUGACCAAAUCAGUGCCAACAUGGCCUACAAUAUGGAAAUCAAGGAUGCCUGGGGUCCCAACCGCCUCCAGAAAGAUAGGUCCAUAAAGAUUCAGAUCCCCCAAAGUGAAAAACAAGAGAAAACGAGUCCUUCCACCAAGGCAGAAGACCUAAAGCCUGUUUGUGGCACUGUGGGCAUGGAAAGGAUUUCCACACCUUUUGAAACUAAAACUCUGCAGCUCAACUUGAAGAACUCCUUGCUUGCAGGUACUGUAAAGUCCUUCAUUCCUACUCCCACCAUUACCCGCUCCAAGUCAUGCACCAGCUUGUCAGGAGAAAAGAAAGUGCGCACAGGCCGUGCAAAGGUCCCUUCUCCACCUGAUGUUGGGGGGCAGCUCAUUGGCCAUUUUAUAACCACAUGUGACUCCAUCAAAAUACCACGGAUGAAGAUUGGCCAUCCUAAUGCAGAAACAAGUUCACGGCGAGGAAAACUCUUAUACACUCACACACCAAAUCCAUACCGAAUGAAUACUGGAUUCAGGCUUUUGACCACACAACAGAUGAAAGAGUAUGAAGAAGCAAAGCUAUCCGAGUAUCAGGCAAACAAAACAAAGGUUAUAGCAAACAGAGAAAAAGAGUGCAGGAGUGCCUGGUUAAGAAAAAUUAAAGGACUUUCCAUAGAUGACUAUACAAAAGGAAACAAAGUGGCUGCCCCUGAAUUGGGAGAGAAUGUUUUUAUCUGAGCACAGCUUUUCAAAGUUUCAAACUAUCCCAGACAAGCAAGAACAAAAUAAAUCUGCUGCUAGCAGGU